CGUUUGAGGGGACACGAGCGAUUGCACCUUUUUCUGGCACGCCUUGGAAUGAGAAGAUCCACUCCAGCACCCCUACCCCACCCUCCACCACACCCCCAGUCCUAAGGUGCAGAGCAGCGGCGGCGCUGGGUGUUGGUGGGUUGGCGCAGGCUCAGUGUGUUUUUGACGUCAGUGUGGAGUGGGGCUGGCGCACUCUCUGGCUCUCUCUCCAUUGUCAGCAGCCGAACGAUGCGAUCGGGCUGAAUCGUCGCCGCCGCCCAGUAGAUAUCACCGAGCAGUAAUCCAGUGACAGUCCCUUCCGGCCAAAACCCCUGUUCUCUCUCUCUCUCUCUCUCUCUCCUCCCCUCCCCAUCCGAAGGCCACUGUCUUGAUUGUGCAGAUCUGCAGAGAGAGAGAGGGGGGAAAACCCACCAGCCUUCCCAGGAUAUUCCUGCUUCUGUGCACCGGCAAAGGAACGAAGUGAGCCCGGCCCCUCUCCCCUCCGGCUUUGGAUGUGCGAUUAAAACCCCGGCGUCUCGAAGAGAGAGGGUUCAGUGCGAGUGAGUGAGUGAGGAGAGAGAGAGAGAGAGGCCAGAGCUGUGCUACUUUCCACACACUAACCAUGGGAUGUACAAUGAGCGCCGAGGAGAGGGCAGCCAUGGAGCGGAGCAAAGCCAUCGAGAAAACCAUCAAAGAGGAUGGUAUCAGCGCCGCCAAGGAUGUCAAGCUGCUGCUUCUCGGGGCGGGCGAAUCGGGGAAAAGCACCAUCGUUAAGCAAAUGAAGAUUAUCCAUGAGGAUGGAUUCUCUGGUGAUGAUGUGAAGCAGUACAAACCCGUGGUGUACAGCAACACCAUUCAGUCACUGGCAGCCAUUGUCCGUGCCAUGGAUACCCUGGGCAUUGAGUAUGGUGACAAGGACAGAAAGGCCGAUGCCAAGAUGGUGUGUGACGUCGUGAGUCGAAUGGAGGACACGGAGCCGUUCUCCCCGGAGCUGCUGGCCGCGAUGAUGCGACUUUGGGCUGAUUCCGGGAUGGUGGAAUGCUUCAGCCGCUCCCGUGAAUACCAGCUUAAUGACUCAGCGCAAUAUUACCUAGACAGCUUAGAUCGGAUUGGAGGGAGUGAUUACCAACCAACAGAGCAGGACAUCCUCCGAACUAGAGUGAAGACCACUGGCAUCGUAGAAACUCACUUUACAUUCAAAAAUCUCCACUUCAGGCUGUUUGAUGUGGGAGGUCAAAGAUCAGAGAGAAAGAAGUGGAUCCACUGCUUCGAAGAUGUGACAGCAAUUAUUUUCUGCGUGGCACUGAGUGGCUACGAUCAGGUGCUCCAUGAGGAUGAGACCACGAAUCGCAUGCAUGAGUCAUUGAAGUUAUUCGACAGUAUCUGUAACAACAAAUGGUUUACAGACACUUCCAUCAUCCUCUUUCUCAACAAGAAGGACAUAUUUGAGGCGAAAAUUAAGAAAUCUCCACUAACUAUCUGCUUCCCCGAAUACACAGGCCCUAGCAUGUUUGCUGAAGCUGUUUCUUAUAUUCAGGCACAAUACGAGAGCAAGAACAAGUCAGCGAACAAGGAGAUCUACACACACAUCACCUGUGCCACCGACACCAAUAACAUCCAGUUUGUUUUUGAUGCAGUAACCGAUGUGAUUAUUGCUAACAAUCUGCGAGGGUGUGGACUGUACUAGAAUCAUCAGAUGCUGUGAGGAGGGUAUUUUUGCAGAUAAUUCUACCACUGGUUUUGCUUUAGAAGAAAACAGAACAGCCUAUUAUGCAGUAGCAGCUCGCGGAGACAGCGGAAUUGGACAGGUUUUAUCAUCACUUGCAUGCACACGUGAGACAGGGAAGCAGACACAUGCUCCAUAACCUUUAGGGCACAGUUAUACUGCCACUUUUGCAUUGAUGUUUCAGGUGCCCUUCAGUGCCAAAGCAGUGGUAUAACUCACAAGACCACUGACAGCAGUUCAACUCAGAAGUGGGGGGCCCCGGGAGGGAGGCCUCUCAUCUUAGUUGGUGCUUGCAUUGAGUGCCAUAUAAUGUUUGCUCAGUGGUGUUGGCCCAUUUCUUCAUAUAUAACCAUUCACAUUUUCAACAAUGCACAUGUAUAUGCACAUGCAUACACAUCUGUUUCCAGUACUUGGGAAACACACACAUACACAGUGCAUCCUUGUGUGCUUUUCUUCACAGUCAGUUUUGACUGCUUCUCACUCUCCUUUGCCUUUUCUCGUGGCGUUUUCAGUUUAAUUACAUUUACCCUUUCAUUCACUUUACCUGAAAAGGUCAUCAUCUUGUUUUUCUUAAAAUGCAUAUUUCGGAACUUGGAAACUAUACUACUCAGUCACUUUUCAGUUUGAUAGAGGAGCUGGUUUAUUUCACUUUUUUGGUGCAAUUGCUAAAACUAAAUGGCAAUUUAGUCAGGAAAAUAUUGCUCAAGGAAUGUUGGAUGGUUAUCUGGCUCAUGCAGGGAUUACAUGGAGCCUGGGCUUUGUCAAAACACAACUGACUGGAUGUGUGUUAUCUGGUCAUUGUGGAUCUGUGUUAGCUGUGUUGUCUUUCUGAUUUGUGAGGAGCCAUAUCGUCUGCUUCAUGUGGACCUGCAUUAUCGGGUCAGAAGGAAUCACUGGAACUUUUAGGUUCAUCCAAACAAAGCCAAUCAGUACCUGGACCAUGUGUAAAUAUGUCCAUGAGUCUGCCCUCCUUGGGUUUUACACGGUUACAGCUGCAGCCUUAGGGUUUAGUAUUUGUCGAUAUUUAUUGUACCUGUCGUGGUCAGUCAGCUGUUAGUACUAAGGCACGUUUCGAAAACGUCAGUGAGAAUCAUCAUUAGAGGCAAUUGAUUCCACUGUAUUCACAUCUGCUCUUAGAAAGAGAUCUGUGCCAAAACGUGCAGAUUAUUUUCUGCCAAUUAAUCAAACUGCCAAAUUGUCAAAAUCUUAACAAUAAUCCUUUUAAAUACUUCAUAAUUCUAACUGUGUAUAUAGUGUACUUUUUCCUGGAUGUGAGAGAAGACCCAGUAAUGUUACUUCUUUAAUACUAAGUCAUAAUAUAUCCUAAAAGUCAGAAAGUAUAUUAAAAGCUGCAAAAUUAAUAUAAAGAUGACAUAUCAAAAUUAUUUAACAGCACUAAAGUAAAAUAACUUUAUUCCCGCCUUACAUAGUUACAAGCCUGUCCUUUCAAAGGGGGCCGUUUUGGGAGAUUUGUUAUUACACCGAGCUUUUCUGCAGUGCUCCUCCCUCUCCCCAGGCAGAGGACAAGUAUCCUCAUUUCUGGAAUAACUCCAAAACCAUAAAUACCAUGUUCACAUACUGAUUGCAGAAUCUGGGUUAUUGGUUGCCUGGGGAUGGAUAGGUUUGGAAUUGGCUUUCUUGGGUGGUUUUCAGAAAAACUGAGACAGAAUUCGAUUCUUUUAAGAAUUAACAGGACUCCACCCAAACUUUAGGCGAGAAGUGGCAAUGUGUUUUCAUUGUUUUACUCAGUUAUCCCAUUUGAGUGAUGCAGAUAAUUUCAGUGGGUGCUUAUUUGUUCAUCCAACAAGGUGGGGCACAGCACACCACUCUGGCUCCCAAGUAGCAACCAAUUGGGUCAGUGUCUCUGAACCCAACAUUGUUUCAGAGAAGGAAAAGUGAUAGAAUAAUCCUUGGUCCUCCAAGAUUCUGGAAUUCUCAUCUGUUCACUUCCUCUGACAAUAUAUGUAGUCACAACAAUAAGUGGCAGCACGUAACCAAGGGCAGCAUUACAGAAUGAUUCAGCAGGCUCUGCUCCUGACGGUUCCAUCCCAUCUUAGAAACUUAAGGCAGUGAUGUGACCACAUGGCCCAUUGUAUCCAUAUUGCUAGAAGAUGAGCUAUUGAUAAUCAGCCUUACUGAGCUGUCCAACUCCUAGACCACAGCCUUAUGUAUUACAGCACUUAAAGUGCACAAGCAAAUCCCAUGUGAAAGCAGGGCUGGUUUCUGGUACUGAGUUGUAGACACCCACCCACCUACCCUCUGGCUGAAAAAUAAUACUUGAAAUUUAUGCACCUUGGCUAUUAAGAGAAGUCAACUUCUAUCAACUCUUUCUUGCCCCUCUGUAAUUUUAUACACCCCAACAAAAUCUCACCUCAGCUUCCUCUGCCAAAGACAACAGUUCCUACUGAUAAAUCUUGCCUCCUAGCUAAAAUUCUCCAGUUUAGGCUAAAUCUACAUUGUUCAUCUGUGUAUUCUCUCUAAGCUAUCACAUCUAUUCAAUAAUGUGGCCACCUGAGCAAUAUUGUAAUGUGACCCAACCAUUCUUUUAUGUACAGCUCUGGCACAAGCUCCACAUCUUUCUUAACCACCUCAUCUGUCUUGUCACUUUUGGGAUUUGGGGACAUGAAGACAAAGGUCUCUCUAUUUCUCCAUCCUACCAGUUACCAUGCAUUCACUUGGCCCCAUGUCCUACCAAAAGUAUUAUCUUAUAACUCUCCAUAUUAACAUUUUUUGCUACUUUUCUACUCAGCUAAUCCAUUGACAAUUUCCUGCAGUGUUAAGCUUUCCUCCUCGCCAUCAACACAUGCCUUUUUUUUCAAUAUUUUUUUCUUACUCUUUUCUUAGUUAACCUCUUAAUCUUUAUACAUCUAUGGAAGUAUUUUGAGUUAUCUUUGAUUUAUUAGCAAAUAUUUUUUCAGGCCUUUGCUUUGUUUCCCUAAGUCCUUUCCACUUUCAACUGUGUUCUUUCAACAUUCUUCUACACUGUCUGCAGUAUUAGGCUCAUGAUAUCUGACAUAGCCCUUUUUUGCCUUUUCCUGUCUGAAAACUUCUUAAUCAUGUCCCUGUACUUGUCUAAAUUCUUAAUUAUAUAUCUCAAAAAGCAAGGGACCUAUUUUCAAACCCCAGUGGAAAUAGCCAUCCAGUCAUUAAAACUCCCAUGUUCUUUAUUUCCAGCCACUCAGCCAAUUUUAUACCCAACUUGCCACUUUAUUUUGGAUCCCAUGGGAUUUUGCUUUUCCAAUUAGUCUGCCAUGAAGGGAUCUUGUCAAAAUCCCUGCAAACUAGAAUGAAUAUACCAUAAUCAUUACAGAAAAUGCUGGAAACAUUCAGCAGGACUGGCAACAUCUGUGGAGAGAGAAAUAGCAUUAUUGUUUCUGCUCAAUGACCCUUCUUGUUCUCCCUUCAGAAAAUUCAAGCGAGUGGCUCAGACACGACUUUCCCUGAAUAAAUUCAUGCUGACUAUCCUUGAUUAAUUUGCAUCUAUCAAAAUGAUACUUAAUGCAGUCGCUUAGAUUAUUUUCCCAUUGCUUUGCCCAACACCCCCACCCAGGUUGGACUGACUGCUCCGUAAUUACUCAGUCUAACCCUUUAUUUUUUACAAUGGUACAAUACCAGCAGUUCUCCAGGACCAUGCCAGUAGUGAAAAAGAAUUGAAAAAUGAUGGUCAGAGCAUUGCUAUUUCCUCCCUCCCUUCUUCUAACAGCCUGGGAUACAUUUCAUCCUAACCAACAACUUGUCUGCUUGCAAAGACCGCUAAACUCAUUAACAUUCCCUCUCUCUCUCUCUGUUUAUCCCAUCCAAUAUUUUAUGCUGCUUCUCAGCCACAACAUCAGUUAUUGUCCCCUUCUGUGAAGACGGGUAUAAAGUAUUCAUUAAGAGCUCUGCCCAUGUCUUCCACCUUUAUGGUCUAAUAGGCAUUUUUUUUUCUUCAUUAGCCUCUUAAUCUUUAUACAUUUAUGAAAGUCCUUAAGUUUUCUUGAUUUUAUUUGCACAUAUUUUUCAGGCCCUCUUUUUGUUUUCCUUAAGUCCUUUCUCCAUACAACCAUGCACUUUCAAAAUUCUCCUAUGCUUUCUGCAGCAUUGGGCUCAUGUCAUCUGACAAAAGUCCUGUUUUGCUUUUUCCUAUCCUGUACACUCCUCGCAUCCCAUGGGGCUCUGGAUUUGGGAAAUAUGGGAACAUAUUUACUUUGCACUCUCAGCAUCUCCCUCUUGAGUGCCUCACAUUCCUCUCAAGUAUCUGAUUCCAAUCCACUUUUGGCAAAUCACAUCCCACUUAGUAAAAUCAGCCUUUCCCCAUGUGGUACCUUUCACCCCAGACCUUUAUUUGAUACAUUUGUCCAUGAUCACAAUAAAUCUACCUGGAAUUAGUGGCUACAAAUAUUUUUGGUGACAGAUGAGAAAGACCUGUCACCCUACCCAUUGAAAACCUGGGACAUAGUGGAAUGCUGGAUAGUGUUCAGAUUGUGACACCAUUCAUUUGCAUCAACUUUUUAAUAAAGGACAAUGUCUAUGAGAAUGGAAAAGAAUGAUGCCACAGUAUAGGGUUGAUACUGAUUCAAGUUCUGUGUUUUGAACUAGGACAGUGAUGGAAAUUGCUUAAUGGUAGUGAAUCUUGUGCUGUAUGAACUAGAAACAGAACCAAUAUUGGUAGCUCAAGAAUGUUGAGUAUUACAGCAUACCAUGGGCUACAAGGAGAGUUUGGCAAUAGGAGCAGGUUCCAGAAGAUGGGUUCUAUCUGGUUUCCCGGUGUAUUGAUGUUCUCUGGGGGAAGAGGGUAGAGCCUGUGUUGUGGGUAUUGUAAACCAAAGCCAUUUCAAAGAUAGAUCUUUUGGCAGAGAAACAGCUUUAUGAAUCUGUUAUGGGACAUAUGCAGUGUCCUGUAAAGUUGCUGAGAUAACCUAUGCCAUUAAUUAGAUGACUGUCACCAGUUGUCAGUAUUAUUACAGGUCAUCUACCAGCUUUGAACCACUCAUGUGGGUCUGCCAGUUGCUGUAUAAAGGUUCUGAAAGCCAGUUUUGCUCAUUUACCAUCGAAACUUGUCUAUUAACCCUGUAACACAAUGGUAUUCCUUUCCACAGUAUUAACCACAAACUGGGUAACAUCUAGUUAUCCAGUACAAUAGCAUUAAUAGGGGUGAAGCACUUCAGGUAAGUGAAGCUUGAGGAACACAAAAGCAAAUUUUUGUCCAAAACCUCAUAGUAAUGAGAUCCUCACUCUUACAGUAUGUGCCGAUAUUUAGUGCCAAUCUCUUGGUCAUCUCUCUGUGGGACAAGGAACCAUAACAUGGUUCAAGUGACUGCUUAGGCUAAUCUGGUACUUUAUUGCUAAUUACACAUAAAUGACAUAGUACUUAUAAUAAUUUUGUAACAAAGUAUGCAUCUGUUUGUACAUUAGCUUGUAAUUGUUAUUUAUUUCUGUUGUUAAUGUAUUUAUUAGUAAGAUGUCAAUAAA